CGGGCCGGCCCCGGCCAUGAGCGGCAACCCGCAGCAGCAGCCCCCGCAGCCGCGGCGGGUCACCAACGUGGGCUCCCUGCUACUCACCCCGCAGGAGAAUGAGAGCCUCUUCGGCUUCCUCGGCAAGAAAUGCGUGACGAUGUCUUCAGCUGUUGUUCAGGUAUAUGCAGCAGAUCGCAAUGCCAUGUGGUCAAAGAAAUGCUGUGGUGUAGCUUGCCUUGUAAAGGACAAUCCACAGAGGUCAUAUUUUAUCAGAAUAUUUGACAUUAAGGAUGGGAAAUUAUUAUGGGAGCAGGAGCUGUACAAUAACUUUGUAUAUAAUAGUCCUAAAGGAUAUUUUCAUACCUUUGCUGGAGAUACAUGUCAAGUUGGUCUUAAUUUUGCUAAUGAAGAAGAAGCUAAACUAUUCCGCAAAACAGUAACAGAUUUACUUGGACGACGGCAGAGAAAAUCUGAAAAAAGACGAGACCCACCAAAUGGUCCAAAUCUACCAAUGGCAACUGUUGAUAUCAAAAACCCUGAAAUUACAACUAACAGGUUUUAUACUCCACAAGUCAACAAUAUCUCAUAUACCAAAGAAAAGAAGAAAGGAAAAACUAAAAAAAGAAGAUUGACAAAGGCAGAUAUUGGAACACCAUCUAAUUUCCAACACAUCGGACAUGUUGGUUGGGAUCCAAACACCGGUUUUGAUGUGAACAACUUAGACCCAGAACUGAAAAACCUGUUUGAUCUGUGUGGAAUUUCAGAAGCUCAACUAAAAGACAAAGAAACUUCAAAGGUCAUAUAUGAUUUCAUUGAAAAAACAGGAGGUGUGGAAGCUGUUAAAAAUGAACUGCGCAGGCAAGCUCCACCUCCACCACCACCGUGCAGAGGAGGACCCCCUCCACCUCCACCACCACCUCCCCAUAGCUCAGGCCCUCCUCCUCCCCCUGCUAGGGGCCGAGGGGCACCGCCUCCACCUCCUUCAAGAGCUCCCACAGCAGCACCUCCACCCCCGCCUCCAUCUAGACCUGGUGCCACAGUGCCCCCACCUCCUCCAAACAGGAUGUAUCCUCCACCACCACCAGUGCAUUCAUCAUCUGCACCAUCGGGCCCUCCUCCACCGCCGCCACCACCAGCAAGUGGGUCAUCUGUCCCUCCGCCACCACCUCCUCCUCCACCCCCUCCUGGUCCUCCUCCGCCACCAGGCCUUCCUUCAGAGGUUGAUCACCAGCUUCCAGUUCCUGCGGGAAACAAAGCAGCACUCUUGGAUCAAAUCAGAGAAGGAGCUCAGUUAAAGAAGGUAGAACAGAACAGUCGACCAGUGUCCUGCUCAGGAAGAGAUGCACUGUUAGACCAGAUACGACAGGGUAUACAGCUGAAGUCUGUAUCUGAUGGUCAGGAGAGUGCACCACCUACACCUGCACCCACCUCAGGAAUUGUGGGUGCAUUAAUGGAAGUUAUGCAGAAAAGGAGCAAAGCCAUUCAUUCUUCAGAUGAAGAUGAGGAUGAAGAUGAUGAAGAAGACUUUGAGGAUGAUGACGAAUGGGAUGAUUGAUCAUAUAUUAUUAUUAUAUAUAUAUUUUUUAAGGUGAAUGAUAUACUAAACACUACUUUCUGUCUAUGGAUUCUGUAAAAUUAUCAUGUAAAUGUUCUACCAAUUUGCUGUAUAUUUUUGUUGCCUUUUGCUUUUUUAUUAAUCUGUGCAAUACCUCAUUUAAUCUGUAAAGGUUUGUCAUAAUCCUCUACAAAGCUACUCCCUGUUAAUGUGUGCAAGUUUACACCUGGAUGAUCAUGUACAUGUGAAUACUUUCCAUUCCAUCAAUAAGGGAGUUUAAAUGUAAUAUGUGAGACUGACAAAAACCUUAAUGUAAUUUAGUUAUAAUGCAAGAAGGAAGACAAUAUUUUCAUACCCUACUUUUUCUGUAUCUAAAUUUUCUUAUUAAAACCUAGUAUAGCACUAUGUUCUUUAAGUGAUGCAGCUCUUAGUUUAUUUAGCCCCUUCAUUUCAAAUGCAAUGCUACGUGAAUGUUGAGGCUGGUUUAUACUAUUGCAUGGUUUCAAUUACAUCACAACUUUGCAGUUCAAAUCUUAGCAGUAUGCUUUACAUAGAACAAAAUCACUACAGAAAUACACAGCUAGUUGUGAAGAUUACCUUGCCCUAACUGUAGCGAUGCUGACUGCUGUUGAACAGCAGUAGUCAUUAAAUCCUUCAAUUAGGGAGCUCUCUAUCUGAAGUUAAACAGGGUGGCUUUACGUUGUAAUAGUGGUAAAGGCAUCUUUGAUGCAGACAAGUUCAGUCUUUUAGUUUUCCUCCCUUCCCAGCUCUUACUUUCAGAAUGAAGAAGUGUAAAUUACUGGGGGCUAUACUGGAGGCUGGCGAUUGCUACAGUUUGAUUUAUUUUUAAAAUCAGUUUUAUGUGGUUUUCAGGCUGAAGGGCUGCGUUUAAUGCUUGCUUCGAUAAUGUUUAAUUACUUUUUAAAAUUUGUAGGACAUUGGUGUACUAAUAAACAUAAGUGGUAUUA